UCAUUUUCUUGUCAAUCUUUCUUAUCUUUUCUCUCUUUCUCAGUCACCUUCGCUGGGUUACGACAACAUAUUAGAAAAUAUUAAGCCUUUUUCACGGCUGAAACCCGAUUCGACCCGACUCGUCAAUCCAUACCCGGCUAAUCCACCGUCUUCGAUUUGCUACCGGAGAAGAUUACAGGGGGAUGCCCCCCAUUUCUGUCGGAUGUCUUCCUUUCAUGGAGUCUGAAUCUGAUCUUGGGAUUUUAAUGCUGUUUGGGUUCUUCGCGGAUUGAGAAAUUGCUUUGUUGGAAUUGGACCCAGGUGUGGGUAUUUGGGCACUAGGGUUUUUGGGGAUUUGAAGCAUUGUUUUGGAGGUUGGGCAGAAGAUUGGGGAGGAUUUUGUUUUAUUUUUAGGGUUUGUUAUCUGUUUGAUCCGAGACGGGGACGAUAGGUGUGGGUUAGGAGGAUAAUGUGUAUACUUUGUGUCAUUCAGAAGUGGUCUCGCCGGGUUGCGACGAUGCUUCCUUGGUUAGUUAUUCCACUGAUAGGUUUGUGGGCACUUUCUCAGCUACUUCCACCGGCUUAUCGCUUUGAGAUUACUUCGCCGAGACUGGCAUGUGUUUUUGUUCUUUUGAUUACUCUGUUUUGGUAUGAGAUUUUGAUGCCUCAGCUGUCAGCUUGGCGGGUGAGGAGGAGUGCUCGUCUUAGGGAGAGAAAGAGGUCUGAAGCUAUAGAAAUGCAGAAGCUUCGGAAAACAGCAACACGGCGAUGUCGCAACUGCUUAACUCCUUAUAGAGAUCAGAAUCCUGGCGGGGGUCGGUUUAUGUGUUCGUAUUGUGGACACAUUUCGAAGAGACCAGUCUUGGACUUGCCUGUGCCCCCUGGGAUUUCAAAUUCUGGUAUUCUUAAAGAUUUGGUUGGUAAGAGUGGGAAGAUAUUGAAUGGCAAAGUGUGGUCUGACAAUGGAUGGAUGUGCGGGCAAGAUUGGUUGGAGAAUGGAAAUUGGGUUGGCGGUGGUCCAGUUGCAGGAAAGCCUACUUAUUGGAGAAGAAAUGGGAGUGGUCUUUUUGGAGGAGAUGAAAAUUGUAUGGCGGAGAAGUCUUAUUCAGGUGUUGUUAUUUUUGCCCACAAGCUUUUGACGUCUUUUUUCUUGAGCGUUAGAUGGCUUUGCAGAAAGAUUUUUAGAAUUAGUUCAUCCACGGAAGAUGAUUCUUCUGAUGCAGAGCAUAAGGGGCUGUUGGCAAAGAGUUGUGAAAAUGGGGGGAGUUUUCAUGAGAGUAGAGGAGAAAAAGCCCGCAGAAAAGCUGAGGAGAAGAGACAAGCUAGGUUAGAGAGAGAACUAUUGGAGGAAGAAGAGAGAAAGCAGAGAGAGGAGGUUGCAAGAUUGGUGGAGGAGCGUAGGAGGCUAAGGGAUGAGAAGAUGGAAACCGAAAAAGAUCGUGAGAAAACACCAACUCCUGUCAAGGAGAAAGACAGUAAGAAAGAAGCAGAAAGGAAGCGUCAAGAGAGAAGAAAAGAGAAAGACAAGGGUUCUAGCAAGAGCAACUCAGAUGUAGAAGAGCUCGAAAAGAAAACUGGUAAGGAAAGUGAAAGAAAGAAAGACUUUGAUAGGAAGAGCGAGGAUGAUCGAAGGGAACAUCAAAAAUCAGGGAUUGAUCCUGUUAGGGGCCAGACCAUGGACAUGGGGCCGGGGAUGAGACAUACUUCUUCAAGUAAUAUUACUCGGUUUAAUUCUGGAACUAGAUACCUGGAUCGUAUGAGAGGUACAUUUUUGUCUUCUUCUAAAGCAUUUGGCGGGGGUAGCUUCUUUGGAAGGGGAACGAGCAUUGCUGCUACUACGAUCAAGGAAAGUAAACCUAAUAGUUUUAUAGAUCAGGGCCAUAUUGCUGUUCACAGGAAGGAUGUAUGUCCACCUGAGCGUGUAGCUUUGAGAUCUUGUACGAAUGUAGAUGAUAAGAAUGCUAACCGUCUGGUUCACACUGAAUUACAACCAGGUACUGCUCCUAAAAAAUCUUGGCAGCAAUUAUUUACUCGUUCACCUGCUCCUCCUUCAAAUGCAAAUGUCAUAAGUAGACCAAAUUCAAAGUUCCAAGUAGAAGUGCAAAGCCCACAGUUAUAUGGUCAAUCAUCGACAACACAAUCGUUUGAUAAUCCUAUAAAUUUUGGGUCACCUUUUACUCUUCCUACAUAUCCAAAUGUGCCAACUAGCAGUAGUCUAGGGUUUUCACCUGCAAUUGAACCCAUAUAUCCUCGUGUUGGAGAAGGGCCUCGUGAACAUAAAUCAGAGGAUUCAGAGCUUUUUGAAGAGCCUAGUUACAUUCCAGAUCCAGUAUCUUUGCUUGGACCUGUUUCAGAGUCACUCGAUAACUUUCAGUUGGACUUGGGAACUAGCCGUGCUAAGGAUUUUGGAUUGGAAAGGGCACGUACUCUAAAAAGUAUUUCUGCUACUUCUGAUGUCAGCAAGCCAUCUCCUAUUGAGUCUCCCUUGUCACGAGAAAAGCAUAUGUCCAGUCGGUUCCCAACUACUCCAAAUACGCAAAAUUUGCAUAAUUUACCUUUGGAGGAUGCAAAUGCUAAUGAAUCAAGUAUGUGGCAAAUGUGGAACACUCUCCCUCUUGGUCAGGAUGGUCUAGGCUUAGUAGGUGGUCCUGCUAGCUGGCUUCUAGCCCCUGAACUGAAUAGACCGAGCAAGGAUGAUUUUGUGCACCAUUCUGCUCAAAAAACAAUGGCCUCAUUGUUUACAAAAGAGGAACAGGUCCAUUCAGGCACUCGCUCCCCACAAAAUAUUUUUCAUGGUAAUGGCCAGAAUGGUGGGACAUUUAGCCCUGUCAGUGGUUCAAGGGAUCCUGAUCCAUGGUCUCAGAAAGCUUACUUUCCACCCAUGUCAGCAGGAGAAAACCUUUCUGUUUUCAAACCUCAGGAGGAAGCUACUCAGAAUGAAAUGAUUUAUGGGAGUCCCAGCAGAUCGACCAAUCAUCCAUUUGGGCAGGCUCCAGCCAAUGGUUGGUCCAAAAAUGAAUGGACUGUGCAAGGUACAGGGGAAGGUAUCGUAAGGGCGUCAACGGCGAAGCCCCAAGCAGGCGGUUUAUUUCCCGGCUCAGAUGUACAGUCACUUUGGUGAUUGGAUUAAAAAAAAAAACAGAAAGAAGAGAGGGUAUGGGGGAGGGAACUCAAAAAUACACAAAAUUUUCUUUCUUCUUAUAAAAAGAGGCAAAUAGGCUCUUUGUGGGAGAGAGAUUGAGAGAAAGGGGAGAGUUUUAGAAUACUUGGACGCAUUGUAUCUUCCUGCUGAUCAUCUUUAUAAGGGAGAUUGAUGUUUACUUAACUUUAGCAUGCAUAGGAAGGAUUCAAUUACACGUGGUAACUUCCAA